AUGUUACACAAUCAAAAUGGUCAGAGUAUGUACAAUCGUCAGUCGUUGCAGCCAGAGAAAGAAUACAAUUACCCCGGUGUUUCUGGUCAGCACGUUUAUGGUGCUUCUAACUCAAAUGUGACAGAUACUUACCCGCAAGGUCAUCCUAACAGCAGCUUCCAGCCACCACCUAACUACUAUUCUGGAAAUCAAGGACAGACUUUCCAAUCACAAUCUCAGCCUCCAUAUUAUUCCGCUCAGUCAAUACAGAGUGUGAAUCAACCACCGUUGCCACCCAUGCCUCCUAUCCCAAACCAUCAGGAUUUUGUUCAACGUCCUCAGCAGCCGCGUCUUCCUCCAAUGCCACCAAUGCCUCCGGGACAUGAGGGAGUUCCACCACCCAGUUAUCGACAACCUCAACCUCCAGGUCCGUUUCCAUUGCCAAAUGGUGCUAACACCCAGAUAAAUACAUUACAUUCUCAACAGGCAUAUCAAAACGGUCCAGUAUCCAGACAACCACAGUUCUCUCAAAGUAUAAAUGCAGAUAGAUUACCCAGUCCUAUCGAGGUUAUUGAGAGCAAUCGGGCUCAGUGUACUGGACCUUUUUAUACAGGACAACGAGGUGUUGUGCCUCCUCUAGUCACAACUGACUUUAUAUCACGUGACCAGGGUACAUGUGCACCUUGUUUCAUUCGAUCUUCACUAUACUCUGUUCCGAAUUCAUCAGAUCUCCUUAAAACUGUUGGGAUCCCGUUUUCACUUACAAUAUCUCCAUUUGCAGUACAACAUACAGAAGAUAUGAAUGUUGUGAUAAGCGAUAUGGGUCCACAAGGUCCAGUUCGAUGUGUUCGAUGUAAAGCCUACAUGAAUCCCUUCAUGAAUUUUAUUGACGGUGGUCGAAGGUUCCAAUGUCCACUUUGUAAUGGUUUAACUGAAGUUGCCGCUGAAUAUUUUGCUCAUUUAGAUCAUACUGGACGUCGAGUUGAUGCAGGUCAAAGACCUGAACUAUGUUUAGGCAGUUACGAAUUAUUAGCAACAGCGGAAUAUUGCAAAAACAACCAAUUACCUUUACCUCCAGCCAUCAUAUUUCUACUAGAUGUUUCCCAAUCUGCUAUACGUUCAGGUUUAGUACAGCUAUUCUGUUCCCAGUUUGUAGAACGUAUUCUACCAAAUUUACCUAGGGAAAAAUUUACAUCACCAGAUAUGGUUAAUCCAAUUCGAUUGGGAUUUAUUACAUAUGAUCAUCAACUUCACUUCUAUACUGUACCUCGUGAGUCGUCGUCAUCUGCUCAACAAACAUCUGAAUCUACAGAUCAGAACACUUAUAACUCUUAUGGUAAACCUCAAAUGUAUAUUGUAGCGGAUAUUGAAGAUGUGUUUGUGCCUACAGUUGAAGGUUUCUUGAUACCACCUGAUCCUGCUAUCAUUUCUAGUAUUUUAGAAAUGAUACCUACUCAAUUUUGUACAGAGAAUGCUUUAAACAGACAACCUACAGAUAGUGUAUUAGGCCCAGCUAUCCAAUCCGGAAUGGAAGCUUUACGUGCUGCAAAUCGUUCUGGAAAAUUAUUUGUCAUACAUGCUAAUCUACCGAUUGGUGAAGCACCGGGUAAAUUGAAAAAUCGAGAUGAUCGUCGUCUUAUAGGAACUGAAAAAGAAAAGACUUUACUUCUUCCAGAUAAUGAUUUUUAUGUUGGACUUGGUCAAACAUGCGUAGAAGUUGGUUGCAGUGUAGAUCUUUUUCUUUUCCCUAAUUCAUUUGUUGAUAUUGCUUCUUUAGCCGAAGUGCCCAGAUUGACAUCGGGUCAUUUAUUCAAAUAUAACUGUUUCCAGGCUGAUUUACAAGGUCAUCAGUUUAUAGCCGAUCUUCAACGUACUUUGACCAACCUACAAGCUUUCAACGCUGUUAUGCGUGUUCGAACAAGUACUGGUAUUAGACCUGUUGAAUUCUUUGGUAAUUGUUACCUACCUAAUACAACUGAUGUUGAGUUGGCUAGUGUUAGUUCAGAUAUGGCAAUCACUGCAGAAUUACGUCAUGAUGAUAAACUUCAAGAAGGCGAACACGUAUUCAUUCAAGUUGCAUGUCUUUACACUUCAAUAUCUGGACAACGAAGGCUACGUAUUCAUAAUCUGUCAAUUCCAGUGACAAGUAUGAUACCUGAUGUAUUUCGUCUUGUCGAAUUAGAUGCACAUAUGAAUUGGUUGAGUAAAUAUUCAAUGCGUUCUCUACUCAACCGUACACAUUCACAAGUAAUGGAUGAUUUAACGACAAGAGCUGCUAACACAUUGGCUGCUUAUCGUCGUCAUUGUGCUUGCGGUCCGAAUGAUGUAAAUUCGAAUCCUAGUGAAUUAGUAUUACCACAAAAUAUGAAAGUAUUUCCUUUGUACAUACAAUGUCUUAUGAAAACUGAAGCUUUUAGUCCUGCUGACGGUAUCACAAUUGAUGAUCGUUGUUGGCAAAUGUUUUUGGUCAAUCAAAUGGACGUUAAACAAUCCAAUUGUUAUAUUUAUCCUCAUUUGUAUCCUAUUCAUGAUCUUUCACUGAAUUUCGAAGGUGAUAUCCAUUAUCCUCCAGCUGCUAUACGCUGUUCAUAUGAUCGUUUACAAAUGGAUGCAGCUUAUUUAUUGGAUAAUGGAAUUUAUCUUAUCAUGUGGAUUGGUCCAAAUAUUUCGUCAGAAUGGAUUCAAGCAGUAUUCAAUGUUCAAAAUCCUGAACAUUUUGAAUCAGAAAAAAUCUAUGACUUGUGUAAUUUUGAUAACGAAAUCUCACGUAAUCUGUGCACAUUGCUGAAAAAAGUUCGUAAAAAUCGUUGGCAUUAUUCUCGGUUAUUGGUUGUACGUCCUGGAGAUAAAAGCGAACUAUGGUUUCGACGUUUCAUGGUCGAGGAUCGAUGCAGUGGUAAUUCGAUUUCAUACACAGAAUAUCUAUGUCAUAUUCAUAAAGAAGUAUCCAGUUUACUACAUUGA